AUGGAGAAAGAAGCGUCUGACCAGAUGGCGCGUAUUGCCCGUGAGAUUUCCAUGCCGCCAUCAACGUACGAGAAGAUCUACCUCUCGCCGCCCAACAGCGACGUACGGCAGCUGCGCAAGACGUUUGCCAACCCGACUCCUUUAUGCCUUCUAGGCUUCAUCAUGAGCCUGGGGCCUCUGUCCUGCGAUCUCAUGGGCUGGAGAGGUGCCGGUGGCAACGGAUCCUCAUCCAUCGGCGUCUUCUUCUUCAUGGGCGGGCUUCUAAUGAUCAUCGGUGGUGUCGGUGAAUUCAUCCUGGGAAACAGCUACCCGUUUAUUGUCUUUUGCGGCUUCGGGGGAUGGUGGUUGAGCUUUGGCGCAACACUGAAACCUUCCUUCAGUGCGUAUGGAAACUACUCUCCUGAUCCCGCGAAUGCUGCGGCCGGGUUGUCGACCACCGGUUUCCUGGCUGGAUUCGGGUUCUUCCUCCUGUUCAUGGCCCUUUUCUGCCUGGUCUGCCUUGUCUGCGCGCUGAAGCUCAACGUCUGCCUGGUUAUCAUCCACAGUACCCUGGUGAUUUGCUUCUGUCUUCUCACAGGAUCAUUCUGGCAUGCGGCAGAGGGAGGAUCAGGAAUUGCCUCGAAGCUUCAGGUUGCUGGAGGAGCAUUUGGCUUCGUGUCGACGGCCGCAGCAGGAUACCUUUUCUUGUCGCAGAUGUUGUUGACUGUCGAAUUUCCUAUUUCUCUUCCCGUGGGUGACCUGAGCUCGGUGUUUGCAAAUCCUCGCGGGCUAGUCAAGGGCAAGGAGCAGAGAGAUGAUCCUUAA